AUGGAAGCUGUUGAACUGGCCAGAGCUGAGCACUUCAAGUCCCUAGUAGAACUGGACAACACCUUCACAGGGGCCACAGGGGCUACAGGGGCCACAGGGGCCACAGAGCUGGGUGCUACAGGGGGACAGAGCUGGGUGCUACAGGGGCCACAGGGGCUACAGGGGCCACAGGGGCUACAGGGGGACAGAGCUGGGUGCUACAGGGGCCACAGGGGCCACAGGGGCUACAGGGGGACAGAGCUGGGUGCUACAGGGGCCACAGGGGCCACAGGGGGACAGAGCUGGGUGCUACAGGGGCUACAGGGGGACAGAGCUGGGUGCUACAGGGAAAGUGGAGGUCCCACAGACAGUGUCGUUCGUGUGACCUCGAUUCCAGCCUCUAAGGUGCCCUACAGUCUGUCUUUCUGUGCCCGGGUGUCCUCUCCUCGUCCGGUGUCUAAGAUCGAGUCCAACUGUUCCCUCGAGCCUCUUCAGUAUCUCACCUCGGAUCAAACCCAAGCCACGACCAAGUUGGCUGCUGGACACCAGUUUGACAGAGAUGUUGAGCUGCUGAUUUAUUACAAAGAUGCCCACCAGCCCACUGCUGUGGUGGAGGCAGGAGAGGCCUCUGCUAAACCUGGAACUGUGAUGGGUGAUCCUGCAGUGAUGCUGAGUCUGUACCCUGAGUUUCCCCAGGCUCUCAUGUCUUCUGUCGCUUCAUGUGGAGAAUUUGUGUUCUUACUGGAUCGUUCUGGGAGUAUGGGUUGUUCCAUGGACACAAAGAAUUCUCAGAGUCGCAUUGACAGUGCCAAGGAUACUCUACUCCUCUUGUUGAAGAGCUUACCAGUGGGCUGCUAUUUCAACAUCUAUAGUUUUGGUAGCAGCUAUAAACACAUCUUCCCGAAGAGUGUGGAGUACAGCCAAGAGAGCAUGCAAGAGGCUUUGAAGAAAGUUGGAGAGAUGAAGGCUGACCUGGGAGGAACAGAGAUCUAUGAGCCCCUGAAACAUAUCUACAGCCAAGCCUGCAUUGACAAUCAACCUCGACAACUCUUUGUCUUUACUGACGGAGAAGUGUGGGACACAAAAAGAAUCAUCGAUCUGGUGAAGAGGAAUUCCAGUUUACACAGAUGUUUCUCUUUCGGGAUCGGGGAAGGGGCCAGCUCUGCUCUUGUGAAUGGGCUGGCCAAGGAAGGAGGAGGUCACGCUCAGUUCAUCACAGGCACCGACAGGAUGCAGCCUAAAGUGAUGCAGUCGCUGCGAUACGCUCUGCAGCCGUCUGUGAUCGACGUCUCAGUCACCUGGGACCUGCCGGAUGGUGUGUCUGUCUCUGUCCUCUCUCCACCAGUCACAGCAGUAUAUCAGGGUCAAAGGUCGCUGAUUUAUGCCCAGCUCACCGGACAGAUUCCAGAGGCAGCAGAGGGCUCUGUAACAGUGAAGUACACUCUGGCUGGUCAGCCCGUGCAGAACCAGUUUCACUUCAGUCUGACACCUGCAGAGGAUGCUGGACUAACAGUCCACAGGUUGGCUGCUCGCACUCUGAUUCGAUCCAUGGAGAUGAAGGUUCGAGAGUCUGAAGACCAGCAGGAUGAAAGUGUGAAGAGGAAAGUGGUGGAGCUCAGCGUGCAGUCAGGAGUGAGCAGUGCCUUCACCGCCUUUGUUGGUGUCAACAAAGGCGAUGGCGAGGCAAUACAAGGGCCGCUGGUGCGCAGACAUGUUCCAACAGCCGGAUUGGGAACGAAUUUUUUUCUCAGUCCUCUUUGCUGUUUGGGAUCCGAUGGUGAUGACUGUCUGAGCAGAAGUGUUGCUAGAGAGAUGCUAGACUCAGUGGAUUUUAUGGGAGCACCCAGUUGUGAACCAAAAUCAUUUUAUGAGCAAAAAUCUGGUGGCAUCUCCGGAUGGUUCUCUAAUGCCUGGGGUAAGAUAAGGGGAUCAUCUAAAAAAAACAAAGGACCUUUAAAUCCUCCUAAAGCCCACCCAACCCAGCUAAGUGAAAAGUCCAGCGAGCCCCCCAAGGACACUCUGCUCCAGUUGGUGUCCCUCCAGAAGGCGUCUGGAUCCUGGGACCUAGCUCCAGCUCUGGCUGCUGCCAUCGGCAAAACCAGUGAAGAGGUGGAGAAGCUGAAGCCUGCCUCGGUGAACCAGGAAGUGUGGGCCACCAUUCUGUCUCUGAUCUGGCUUCAUGGUUUCCAGAAGGACGCCAUGCAGGAGUGGGAGCUUCUGGCCGUGAAGGCUGGGUUAUGGCUACGUGUGCAGAAUGCCUCAUGUCUGGAAGAGUGCGUGAAAGCAGGAAAUGAACUGUUGGGUUGUCAAGUGCAGAGGAGUGCUCUGGGUUUUUGAGGUUUUGAGUACUGGUUUGUCCUUUAGGACGAGUGCACCGUGCCUUCUGCUGAGAUUGCGUCACAAACAUUUACACUAAUAAGCAAAAUUUACUAUAAAUAUG